UAAUGUCACCGAAUAUUCGACUUAUAAAGUCAAGCUACAUUCGUUGUGCAUUCUUAGCUUCCUACUUACAUCCAACAGACUGUUCCCAUCAUUCCAAAGACGCAUCACCGCCGAACCCAGUUUCUAUCUCAAAAUGUCCAAAAUCUUCACCAUAUUCGGAGCCACAGGCAACCAGGGCGGCUCCGUCGUGAGAGCGGCCCUCGCUGACGCCGUUAUAUCAAAGGAGUUCAAAAUUCGAGGCAUCACUCGGGAUGUCUCAAAGCCCGCAGCUCAAUCUUUAGCCAGCAAGGGCGUCGAAGUCGUUUCUGCCGACAUGAGCUCAAAGAUAUCCCUUUCCGAGGCGAUCAAGGGCUCCCACACCGUCUUCUUCGUCACUACGCCCAACUUCAUGGGCGGUGCCAGCGAGGAGCAGCUCCACGGCAAGAACGUAGCAGACGUUGCGGCCGAGGCUGGCGUAAAGCAUCUCAUCUACUCGUCUCUGCUGCACGUUACGGAGACCACCAAUGGUCGCCUCAAGCACGUCGUCCACUUUGAUGACAAGGCCGUGGUUGAGCGCUACAUCCGCACCAAGGGUAUCGCCAGCUCCUUUGUCCUGCCGGGUUACUUCAUGAACAACUUCAACGCUCUUCAGAUGAUUCGCAAGGGCGAGGACGGGGUAUACAACCUGGCGUAUCCCGUCAGCGACAAGGCCAAGUUCCCUCUCAUUGAUACCGAGUCCGAUAUUGGCAAGUACGUCGUCGCAGCCAUCCGAAACGAGAGCAGCGUCCUUGGCAAGCAGAUCCUGGCAGCUGAGGACUACUACACGCCUACGCGAAUCAUUGCCGAGUUUGAGCAAGUCACUGGCAAGACGGCCCGUUUCGUGCCCGUUGACGCUGCGACGUACAAAACUUUCUUUGCUGGCCCGAUGGCCGCCAUGGCCGACGAGAUGCUCGAGAACCACCUCUUCAUCGACGAGCCCGGUUACUAUGCUGGCAAGGACUUGAAAGAGAGUGGGGAGCUUCUGGCGAGCGUGGGACUGAAGGCGGUUACUUGGAAGGAGUUCUUGGAGGCGAACAAGGCUGAUUUCCAGUAGGUUGAUGCCGGAAACGCUGGCUUUGGAGAUAAGUUUCUCAAAGAGGUGUGAAAACAACCUUGGUUUGGAUUCCCAUGUCGAGAUAUAGGCUUUGCCACCUAAAUACAAGCCACUCUAGAUCAUCUUCCAGUGAAUGCUUCGCCUGCCUGACCCAUGUACUAGUAGUUCAGGUCUUACGCAGUGACGAAAAGUCUGUAUA